AUGGAGGUGGUAGCAACCAUCUCAACUCGGCUGUUCUGCCUCUCGGUUGAGCUGAGAAACAAGGACUCCUCGUCCAUUCCAGCGUGGUGGGUGCCGCUGCUCCCCGCGCUGCUGGCCUCUCUGCUCCACGCCACGGUGACCCGGCCGCUCGCCGUCGCCACGCGUCACUGGUUUGGUGGCCAGACCUGCUCAACAUGGCUCCGGGUGCUGAGUAAGGUGACGAACGAGGUGCUUCGCAUUCUGCUGUCAGAGCAGACGUCGCUGUGGUUGCUGUACCUGCUGGCGCCGCACCUGUUCGACAUCAACGUCAAGCUCAAGGUGCAGGUUGGGACGCUUUUGGCGAUGCUGCGCCCGCUGCUCAACAACACGGCGCGCCUCCUUCUCCGGCGUGUGACGGGCCUCCGUGUCAGCGCCGCUUCUACUGACGAGGAUGAGGCCGCUGCUGAUGGUACUGCUGCUGCUGAUAGGCGGCAGCCUGGUGUAAGAUAA